AUGGAUGAACAGCCUGGAACAAGUAAGAACCUGACUGAUAGAAAUGAUCCAGACGAGGAGAGUAUUCCUACUCACGAUCAGAGGACCUACAGUGGAACAGAUAUAUCCAAUUAUUCAAGUAAGACUCAAAUACACGUGGCAUCUACAGGCAUUGAAAAGCCAAAGAAACCGAGCAAGCCCGAAGGCAAAUUUAAUGAGAAAAGACGUAAGAAACGACGCACAGACAGAGUCGAGAAACAAAGAAAACCGCCCGCAAGACGACUCAUGACCAAACGAACGCCUAGAAGAAAGCCCAGAGCUAGAAUUGAAAAGAAAAGAGACUUUUCUGUCUCGACAAUGUAUUCACGACUCUCGUCCGGUGGUCUUCUAACGCCAGCUUGUGAGCGUUGCGGCCACCGAUGUUGUCUUAGAAGGUAUGGACGAAGAGUCAAGAUUGGUAGGAAACGGAAGUUUCCAAAGAAACGUAAACAGAAGUUACAGAUGAAGGUGUAUAAGUCAGAGAAUAUUCAAGUUGGAUCCUGCAGUAAAAUGUUGUCGCCGUUGAAUGUAAAUUUUAAUGCAGUUGAGGUAGAAGAAGCUCCCACUGGCACUUACAGAGAAAUUACUCCAGAAAUGAUACACGAGGCUCUUAGAAGAUUAACUAUGUGGAGGCAAAAUGUUGAAACGUGUGCAAUAUAUGACUUUAUUCAAAGAAAUUACCCAGUAAAUCAGGAUGAGGAAGCAUUGGCUGUAGAACUUUGGGAAAAACUCGAAGUAGCCGUUUUAGUCGGAAUUGCAACACAAACAUCAAUCGACACUUGGACUUUAUGUAGUGCUUUGGAACGGCCAGACUUUAAUGACACACAUGUCACCUUAUUCUGGAAGGUCUACAGGGAUACCAUGACUCCACUACAUAAGCCAAAUAAGACAAUGGAUACUUCGAAAGAUACAAGUGAGAAGCAAACACUACGUGUUUACGAUGUCGAUGUAUUGUGA